UCCCUCAACGAGACAGCUGACUACAUGCUUCGCCACCACCCCCAACGACCACUUCAAGAAGGUGCGAGGACCCAUCUCUACACGGACGGCUCCAAAAACCCGAAGAAGCCGAGCGACGACGCCUGGCCCGUGGUGAUCGUAGGUGACGACAGCCUCGGCUUCAGCUUCCAAGGGGCCAUCAUAGGGAAGCACAAGAGCGGUGCCGACAUCGCCCUCAAGGACAACGUCGAGCACGAGACCACCUCCACGACAGUCGAGAUCACAGCCCUGAUAUGGGCCUUCGCCUGGGUGGUACACCACAACCCCCUCUACAUCACCGCGAUUUCCACGGACUCGCUCGGCGCGCUGCAGCUCGCGAAGAGGCUAGCCUUCACCGACCGCGACCCCAAGCUCGUCAGGACACUCUGCAUCCUCUACGACAUGGUCUGCAACAAGAUCGACCUGCAGCACGUCCACGCCCGCGACUAUAACCCAUGGAACGAGGUUGCCGACGCCGCCGCCAACCACGGACGCCUGCAAGAAGUCACACCUCCUCAACCAGAGUGGGCAAGCGUCAUGGACGGCGCAUCCCAGCGGGACUGGGAGUUCCUCAUUGAUGCGGACCCCAACGCCAAGGAGGCCUACCGUGUCUUCGCCCUCGGCAAUCUCACAGAUCAAAGGGUCGAGACGACCGCCGAGGCCCGUCACUUCCACAACCCCUCCGAGCCCAACGACAAGAAUAUCAUCGUAGAAAUAAACAUCGCCACCUUCAACAUCCAGUCGGGGAGAGCGCCAAAGGAAGGUCAAGAUGACGGCGCCAGGUGCGCCAACGCCAACUGCUACCACAUCAUUUCCAGCGGCCACACAGGGUUCAACUACGGCUGCGAGCCCCAUGUCCUCCUCAGCAAACCCUACGGCAAGAACGACAAAAAGGAGCUCUUCUUCAAACCUGACCAGUUCACAGUCAUUGUCAAGGACCCCAGGCUCCCCAUCGUGCGCGUUGCCGCCCCAGGCUUCAAACGCGCGCCUGCCGUCGCUCGCGCCCCGCGCUCGAAAGCCCUCGCGACCGAGAAGGAUAGCUACUGGAAGAUGCUCGCGGGUACCACGGAAAAGCACCAAGUCAGCACCAUUCUCUUCGAUGCCAACGCCAGGACAGGAAGCAACGCCAGCACGGCCAUCGGCGAUAAGGGCUUCAAGCAAAACGAGGACCCAACCGGACACAGUCUACAUGAGCUGCUCCUGACCAACCACCUGGCGGCCGCCAACACCUUCGUAAGUCAUGGACCAGAGCAUCAUACCUGGCACUCGGGCAAGGACCCUCAUCGCAUCGACUACGUCAUCAUCCCGAAGGGCUACAUAGACUCCAUCGAGGAGUGCGCCGUGCUCUACGGCAUAGACAGCGGCCAAGACCCAGAGACCAAGGACGACCACUACCCCGUCAAGAUGCAGCUUGCCUGCCAGAUCGUCUCGUCCGUCAUCAAAGGUAUCCCCAAGUUCGACGAGAGCAAGCUAGCCGACGAAGGGUGCCGCAAGAAGUUCUGCGAGAAACUUGACGAGGUCAAACGCCCGCCCUGGGACACCAAUCUCAACGAGCACCUCGCCACAGUCACAGAGAAGAUCACGGGGGCCGCUUACGAGUGCUUCCGCUCCAACAGCCGCACCCCGCACAAGCCCUACCUUACCAGGCAAUCCUUUGCUCUUCUGCGAGUUCGCCGAUCGGUACUCAAGACGACGCGGGCCGCCAAGAAGAACGGGAUUGCCCACCACUUCGGUGACAAGAGACUACGCUACACUGCAAAGAUCAUCGCGAGGGCGACCCCCCCGCCCGACCCCUCAGAUGCGAGUGCCCUGGCUGCUCUCAGCGACUAUGUCAAACUCGUGGUGGCCUCCAUCAUAUUCAGCACUCCCAGUCUAGCUUCCCACGUCGUGGAACCCGACAACGCCAACACUGCGCACAGCGCCCAGCACUGUUUCGACGCCCUUCUCCUAUUCCUCAGGACGCCUAAGUCGAUACUACAGAAGUGGAUCACGACAGACCGCGACGACCUCCUCGAGAGAUGCGCCGAUGAGAUGGGCGCAGCGAUCGACGGCCACGCCCCCCGUCUAGAGGCCCUGUACGCCAAGCGACGACUGGCCCUUGGAGGACGACAGUCAAAGAAGCCGCCGACGCCCAUCAUCCGCACCAACGACGACGGGGAGCCCAUCGCCAACAAGAGUGAGAUCGCCGACCACGCACUAGCAUUAUAUGGCAAAGUUGAGCAAGCUAUUGCCACGAAUGCAGAUGGGGUAGCAGCCGACUACAACAGGAGGACCCGCCAUGCAGGGCCAGAACCAAAUAUCCAAAACAUAAUACCCAAGCACCAGCUGACCAGCCAGCUCGCCGCCGCCAAGCGAGGCCGCCGAGGAGGCCCUCACCAGCUCACCGACGACAUGUCCAGAGCCAGUCCUGAAGGGAUGGAUCGCCUGCUCCACCCCGCCCUAGUCAAGGCCCAAUUCGAGAGCACCGAGCCCAUCGCCGCCAAAGGAGGGUACUCUACCUAUUUCCACAAAGGACAGGGCGCCAUGGUGGCCACGGAUUUCAUUACUCACACCAGUCUCGCCUUCAUCUGCGACUGCCAGAGAUCAAGAUCAUGCAGCAUCACCUUCCUGAACCUCAGGGAGGCCUUCCACUCCGUCAUCAGGGAAUUAUGCAUGCCAUUGCCGACCACCGCUGGCGAGCCCAACGAGCUCACCGAACGGGUCGACAUUCCCGACUUCAUCAGACCAGCCCUAAAGGAACGACUCCAGCAACCCGCAUACAACAACCAGCACAUCGACGACGAGCACCCAUGCCACAUGAUCGCAGAUCACCACACCUCCAACUGGAUGACAGCCAAGAGCGCUAGGCAUUACCAGCUGCCUCGGACCAGCACGCGACCUGGGGUGCCAUACUCGGAUGUCGCCUUCAACAUACACUUCGCCAUCAUGCUGAGGGCAAUUGACCAGGCAGUUCGAGAGGGAGGUAGCACGCUCACAAACAUGUCCUUCGUCGACGACCUCACCGACUACAACUCGACCGCCAUCGCCGGCGACCUGAUCAACACGGCAGCCCUGGCAGCAGCCAGGCCCUGCACAGCAGCAUUCGGGCAUGGACUGAAGCCGCGCCCUGAAAAGACCAAGGCCAUCCUCAUGCACUACGGCGCGGGGGCCAAGAAGGAGAAACAGCGGAUAGCCAAGGAGGGAAUCACAUACCUAGAGCUGGACGGACUCGUGGUCAAGGCGCAGCUGGUAACGCAACAGAAGGCCCUCGGGACCAUCGUCUCGGCGGGCGGGGUCAUGGGGCCAGAGAUCUGCCUAAGGGCCAAUCGUACAAUUGGCGCAGCUCGGCCUCUAGAGAAGCAGAUCCCCCGCCGCAAGAAGCUCUCGAAGAAAGCCAAGGUCAAGUACGUCCACUUUUUUUCGACAUCCUCGCUUACCUACAACCACCAUGUCUGGAACGACCUGACCCAGAAAGACGUGAAGCACAUUUCCGCCAAAUACAUGGGCCCAUACCGCGCGGCCGCUUCACUACCCAAGACCAACUCACCCGACCAGCGCAUCUCCGAGGCCGAGGCGAUCGCCAAGACAGGCUUACCCGACUUCACCACUCACCACUCGAUUGCGAGGCUACGAUACUUGCCCAGACUCUUGGGUCACGCUCCAGCAGUUCUACUUCAUCCACUCGACGGCCAGCGCCAACGAAAAGGCAAAUGGAGCCGCCAGCUCAAGAAAGACUUCGGCUUCCCACGCAAGUACUUACCAAAAGAAAAGUGGCCCAGCCAAACCCAGCACGACCGCGGCAUCAUCAACUGGGCCCGACAGAAGCCGAAGCUAUUCACCUACGCGGUCAAGGCGGCUUUAAAGGCAUACAUCCCCCACACUCGCGACCAAGCUCAAGGCGCCAAGCUCCAUCAGGACAUCUUGAUGACCCCGGCAGGUAACGCAACCGAAGUGAUGGACCUCAGCGACGACGCGAACAACAUGAAGUAUGUCUGCUACGCCUGCGGCCGAGUUGCCUCCAGGCAAGGCAUGCUAAUCCAUAUGGGCAGGGACCAUCCAGACCAUGAAGACCCGCGCUUCUGGGCGACAGGGACAGCGUGCCGAUGCUGCCAGACCGAGCACCACUCUCUUCCCAAGCUCAUCAAGCACUUAUCGGUGGCUCACCGCUGCCGCAAAUCCUGGCACGCCUGGCGCGCCCAGACGAUGGGGCCUCUGACGGAGCAGCAAAUAGCAGACAACAUUGCCGCCAUCGCCGAGGCCACAAAGGCCAACCAGAAGCAUGGAAGACACCCAACAUUUAGCGACAAGCCAGCCUACCCGUACGACAUCACGCCGCUGCCUCUCCUUGAGACGUCGCCCGCCCUACCCAAAACAUUUGCAAGACUCGAGUCAUCACCAAGCAGACCACCCGCGUGCUCGCCCGCAGAAUCAGCCGAGCGCCAAGAAACCGUCUUCAUCACGGACCGCCCUCGACAGGCCGCCGACCUCCAACAGAUCAUGGCCAGCUACGGGAUCACGAGCAUCAGCAGACUGGACUACACGCAGAUCGCCAUCCCCAGCGAUGGCCACAUCUCAGAACUCCCUACAAUACUUCGGCGAGCACAACGCAGGAUCCUACAUGGCGAGGUUGCUGCCAUCUACGUAGAGUUCCCACGACGUACCUGGUACUUGCACGAUCCCACCGACGUUCUAGGCAGCAGAGCAAGCAAGCGGCGCACCCCAGAGGCACCCUGGGGCAUGCCUCAAGUCUCCGGAACCAUCGCCGAUGAGCUAUUCGCCGCCAACAAAGUCACACGAGAGGUCUUGCGUAUAAUCUUCACGGCAAACACUACCAGAGUACCAUUCGUAGCAGCCAUCUCUGCCGAGUCGAUCACCAGACAGACUCCAGAAUAUCGGCACAUCGCCAACCUGACAACCGUCUACGAGACCCUUACGAACAACUACGACCUCGGUACCAUACAAAUCCUCGACAACGGCACCCGCGACGACCUCCGCAACAUAAUGCACAUGGCAAACGAAGAGGAUAUCGCUUUCACCAUCGCCGACCUGCUCGACGGCAACAUGGUGGCUAUAUGGGGCCUCAGAACGGCUACCGCUGCUCCUACCAGCCAGAACAUGAACACCAACGACGCCUACUACAUCGAAC